UCAAAUAUUACGGGAUAGAGUUAGCCAUCACAUGAACGUCACUGUAAAAACGUAAUAGGCGUAGCGGCCUGAGUAGAUGUCAUUCUUAAAAGCUGUAAUUCGGCACUUUCACAUCCGUUACUCGUUCAUGCAGUUCCUCUGAACACCUACUGUGCUGUUGGACUCAAACAAGCAUUUCAACGGGCGUUUAAAAAACAGCACCUGAACCAGGUGGAUGAUUGACUGGACAGACAGUGAAUGCUAGACACACCAGUCACUGACGUCACACUGUCAACAGCAGAAGAGCAGAUGGAUGUAGUUACCUGGACGUCGUUAAAUUGACAGGAACAUCCUGGAUUGUGUACCACAGUGGAAUUAGCAGACAAGUAAUGGACAUACACAAGGAUUCCUCAUCUAUGGAUUUCAAUGGAGGGGUUUUUGUUUUUCCCUUCCCAGAAAACUGAAUUUUUAGUCUACCACUACACCAUGUCUCUAUCGAUGCAGAGGAAGUUCAGGGCAUUUACUGUGUUAGUAUGCAUUGUAAUUUUCACCACGUUCCUCUUCAGUUACUCCUUGAGAGAUCCCUCCCUGUACUUCUUCAAAUAUGCCAUCCACAAGUCGGACAGCUUCUUCUCUAGUGGCCAGUGUGGCUGUCGACAGUGUAUGACAGAGCUGGAGGAUGACCCCUGGUUCAUAGAGCGGUUCAACCGGUCGGUUCCCCCUCUGAUGUCUAGGAAGAACAGCCUGCUGACUGACGACACAUACCACUGGUGGCAGCAGUUGCAGAAAGAGGAGGACCCAGCCAACUUCAGUGAGGUGGUGGAGAAGUUGUUCCAGGUCAUCCCUGAUGAUGACGACCUCUACAUGGACGCGGGGCCUGAGCGCUGUAGGACCUGUGCUGUGGUGGGGAACUCUGGGAACCUGAAGGGCUCCCGCUACGGACCCCUCAUCGACUCCAGUGAUGUCAUCAUCAGAAUGAACAAUGCUCCUACCUCUGGCUUUGAGAAGGAUGUUGGGAGCCGGACUACGCAUCACGUCAUGUACCCAGAGAGUGCCAUAGAUCUGGACAAUACCACCAUCCUCCUGCUCAUCCCCUUCAAGACUCUGGACCUGCAGUGGAUCAUCAGUGCCUUGACCACCGGCUCCAUCGAAAAAACGUACAUUCCUGUACCGUCCAGGAUUAAGGCAAACAAGAACAGGGUGUUGGUAUACAGCCCAACCUUCUUUAAAUAUGUCUAUGACACAUGGCUGGAGAGUCAUGGCCGAUAUCCCUCCACUGGCUUCCUCAGCCUAUUGUUUGCUGUGCACAUCUGCGAUAAGGUGAAUGUCUACGGGUUCGGAGGGGACCAGUACGGGAACUGGCACCACUACUGGGAAAAUAAUGACCAGGGAGGCGCAUUCCGCGAAACUGGGGUGCAUGAUGCGGACUAUGAGUACAAUGCCACCCUGCUUCUGGCUGACAAACACAAGAUCAGUAUUUUCAAAGGCUUAUGAUAUUGGGAGAUGUCACUGGCCUGAGACCAUCAAGCCUCAUGAACAUAAAUCCUGUCAACUCAGAGGUUACCCACUGGGGAUAAACUGGUUGAAUUAAAGUUGUUUCAAUGUAAUUUGUCAAUGUAUUGUGAUGUGGAAUGAAUGUGUAAAAUGUAGUGGAUUUGCAAAAAGCAAUUUACAUAAACUGUUUCAACCGGGAUUAUGUGAUUGUAACCAAUUUUCAACAUAAAGAAAAAGCUUGUAUAAAAUGUUACAUUUGUACCCUUUGAAACAAUGUCAGAUCUUUAAUGUCAGACCCCCCCAAUUGUCACGCCCUGGCUCUAGGGACUCUUUUAAGUUGAGCCAGGGUGUGUAGAGUUUAUGUUUUGUGCUC